GGCCGCAAGUGUGUGCACACUGUUUCAGGAUUGUGCAUAAAAAUAAACAAAUCUUAAUCAAUUCUUUAUCAUCUGUUCAACAUAAGUUAAACGCAUGGCUAACAGCUACGACAUACCCAGUUGGGCUGGAAAACCGCCGACGGGGCUCCACUUGGAUGUUCUCAAGGAUGAAAAACUAGUUCAAAAACUGAUGGUUGAUGAUAAAAAAUGCUAUUUAUUUGGUCGGAACAGUCAAAUGAAUGACUUUUGCAUCGACCACGCGUCGUGCUCCCGCGUGCACGCGGCCUUUGUGUACCACAAGCACCUCAACAUUACAUACCUCGUGGACUUGGGUUCCACUCAUGGAACGUUCAUUGGGACCCUUAGACUGGAGGCUCACAAGCCGACACAGCUUCAGAUUAAUAGCCAAUUUCAUUUCGGGGCUUCGACAAGGAACUACAUCCUCCGCGAGCGACCGUCUGCCGGACAGCACACCAACAUCAUGGAGGAUCUGCCCAUCAGCGAGACCGGUGAUGGAGCCUUGCUGGGUCUACCCGAAAGCCAAACUGAAUUGGAUAAUCUAACCGAGUACAACACGGCCCAUAACAGGCGUAUUUCAAUGCUGGGCAUUGACGAUGACACCAACAUGCGCAAGCAGAACGCAUUGAAACAGGGGCGGCGGUGUCGUAAUGUCACGUUUAAUGACGAGGAGAUCGUCAUCAAUCCAGAGGAUGUAGACCCCAAUGUGGGACGCUUCCGUAAUCUUGUGCAGACCACAGUGGUGCCGGCCAAGCGGUCUCGGUACGAUCUCAAUCACAUGGGCAUCCAUUCAGGGCACAGCAGCUUGGCGGCUGCCAAUGCAGCCAGUGUGCAACAGAUGUUUCAGCAGAGCCUGGCAGAAAAUAAACAUCAUCAGCACCGAGACUUGGCAGCUUUGCAAACGUCUCCGCAGUCACCCACGAACUCACUAUAUCAGGGACUCCCAGAGGUUCACGGCAAGAGCGAUCUAGAACCCAUUUCUCCUCUAAGCAUUAGCUCCAAGUUGGGCCUGCUUCUACCCAAUCCCGCGCCCGAGGUGAUGCCCGUUUUUGAAGAGGAGGUGGAACCUACUUCCACUUUGGCUCAAAAGUUGGCCGUUGCCAAUGCAGGAGUGCGUCGCCAUGCUGAGGAUCCACACGAUUCGAGUGGCGAGGGCGAUGGUCUGGGACCACAGAAGAAGAAAUACGCCAAGGAGGCUUGGCCGGGACGCAAGCCAAUGCUGGGACAGUUGUAAUUGAAAUCCAAUUGAGUUUCUACCUCUGAUCAAAGAAGGCACAGCGACAUAAACCGAAGCCUUCACAAUUUAAGAGUCUUUCCAAGAAUAAUCGGUAAUUAUAUAAAACAUAAAGCAAUUAUGUUCCCACACAAUGAUCUGGAUCAGCGAUCGGCAAGGCUCUAUCUUAUGUGAAUAGGAAAGUGCAAUGCUGCCGCUCUCGUACACGCGCACUGGUACAGUGGUUGGCACCAAUAAAAUGUUCCGUUGCAGCACGUGAAUGUGUGCGUGCCGAUCACUGAUCUGGAUCGACGACAGUUGCGAUCCAAGCCAUCCCCCAAAGUAAUGCAAGUUUAUAUAGUUGUCAACAAUAAAAAGUACAUAUUUUUCAUUCACAUUAA